GAUUUGGGUCUCUUUAUCUUUUUGAAACUUAGAUCCAGUUUCAGAUAUGAGAGUCACUGAGUGAUCAUUUCAUUGAGAUCAACUUGAAUGACCAGGUGAAAAGUGCAAGAGGACUGUGCAAUGACUGAGACGUAUUCUUCCCACUUUAAAACUGGCUGACUCCUGUUGGUGAUGCAGUAGGAAGAACACAGCAUCACCUCUGAAGUAUUCUUGCCAAAAAAUACUGAACCUGAAUUUAGAUGUAACUAGUUUACAAGAAAUACAGGGGAUGAAGAAAUAUGUUAAAUGAUAAGAAUACAAUAAGCCAAAUCUGAAAUGCAACUCACAAAUUUUUAUUGCCAACCUCUACUUCCUUUGACUCUACAAAGAAAAUUGUAUCUACAGCAGCCCCUGAAGCCCAGGAGUCCAGCAAAUCAUCAGACGGACUCAUGACUGAAAAACAGCGGGAAGAAGCAGAAUGGGAAAGCAUAAACGUGCUGUUGCUGAUGCAUGGCUUAAAACCUUUAUCUCUAGACAAAAGAACAGAUACGAAAGAUCUCAUCAUUUUUGACAAACAAUCAUCACAAAGGAUGAGGGAGAAUUUAAAAACUUUGAUGGAAGAAACAUCACGUCAACAGAACAUGAUCCGGGAGCUCAUAGAAACUAAUAAGCAGCUUAAAAAUGAACUUCAGCUACAACACAGCCGAGCAGCAGAUCAGGAACAACGAGCUAAUGACUUGGAACAAAUUAUGGAGAGUGUGAAAUCCAAAAUUGGUGAAAUGGAGGAUGAAUCCCUAAAUAGGGUUUGCCAGCAACAGAAUAAAAUAAAAGAACUUCAAAAGGAGCAUAAAGCUUUACAGGCAAAAUGUGAGCAUUAUAAGAAAAAACGAAUGGAGCAACAAGAGACUAUUGCUUCUUUGCAGAAGGAUAUCUGUAGAUUAACAAAGGAGGACGAAGAGCGCAUCAUCACUCAAAACAGAGUGUUCUCCUAUCUCUGCAAGAGAGUUCCUCAUACCAUCUUGGAUAGACAGUUGCUUUGCCUAAUUGAUUACUAUGAAUCUAAAAUUAGAAAAUUUCAUAAACAAAGGCAAUAUGAAGAAGAUGAAAGUCAGUCAGAAGAAGACUACAGGAGUCUGAGUGCUUCACCCACUUAUAAAGGCCUUCUAAUGUCAUUACAGAAUCAACUCAAGGAAUCGAAAUCUAAGAUAGAUGCACUUUUAAUUGAAAAGCUGAAUCUCCAAAAAGAUUUGGAAACCAGGCCCACACAGUAUGAAUUAAGACUUUAUCAACAACAGGUGAAGAAGCUGGAGAAAGCCCUUAAGAAAAGCAUCAAAUUACAGGAUCUUAUCAGUCAAAAAAAGGCUGAGGACAAAGACGGAAAAGGCGAGCCCAGCAAAGAUGACCAGCAGCAGACCCUAAUUGACCAGAGAUACUUUCAGGUAUUAAGGAGCAUCAAUUCAAUUAUUCACAAUCCAAGAGCUCCAGUAAUAAUUUAUAAACAGAGCAAAGGAGGAGCCCAACAUUUUAAUAAAGAUCUUGUUCAAGAUUGUGGAUUUGAGCAUCUUGUUCCUAUAAUAGAAAUGUGGGCAGAUCAGCUGGCUUCCUUAAAGGAUUUGUAUAAGUCCUUGAAAAUACUAUCUGCAGAACUGGUGCCUUGGCAUAAUUUAAAGAAGCAGGAUGAAAAUGAAGGUGUCAGAGUUGAAGAUCUGUUGUUUAUAGUAGAUACCAUGUUAGAAGAAGUAGAAAAUAAGGAAAAGGACAGCAAUAUGCCAGACUUUCAAAUUUUGCGAGCUAUUGUUUCUCACUUCCAAAAAUUAUUUGAUGUGCCUUCUUUAACUGGAGUCUAUCCCCGAAUGAAUGAAGUUUAUACUAGGCUUGGAGAAGUGAACAAUGCUGUGAGAAACCUCCAGGAACUCUUAGAACUAGAUAGUUCAUCCUCAUUGUGUGUGCUGGUGAGCACAGUUGGAAAAUUGUGUAGGCUGGUUAAUGAAGAUGUGAAUGAACAGGUUAUGCAGGUAUUGGGACCUAAAGACCUCCAAAGCAUUAUCAACAAAUUGGAAGAACAUGAGGAAUUUUUCCCAGCAUUUCAGGCAUUUACUAAAGAUCUACUUGAAAUCUUAGAAAUUGAUGACUUGGAUGCCAUUGUACCUGCAGUAAGGAAAUUAAAAAUACUUUCAUGCUGAAAACAAAUCAUUUUUACUGUGUAAAUUGCAUUCUUAACAUUCUAAAUAUUUUGUAGGAUUGAUCUUACUCUGAGACAAGGGUUAUAAAAUGUAUAUACUCUCAGAAUUCACCCCCUUCUUUCUGUUGGGUCCUUCUCCAUCCAUAUAAUUUUUAUUAACUUUGAGAUUCUUUUAUAGAAAACAUUGCUAAGUUUAAUUACUAAAUUAACUUUAGAUCCUUUAAUCAUUUCUUAAGCAAUUCUUGAGUGCUUAAAAUGUAAGAUUGUUUUAAAGUACAGCGUGUAAGAGAGAAACUCAGGGAGAGAGUGCAAGUAAUAGAAAGGUUGCAUUUAAGUUCAGAGUUUUUUGGCCUGGGAACAAGGAAUGCCAGUGGCUCUCUUUAGUCCAGCCAGCAGGAAGCUGUUGCUUUCCUGGCAAGGAAAUGGCACAUUCUAUUAAGAUAUCCCUCAUGACACUUUUAGAGCAGAAGGAACAAAAGGAAGAAGGAAAAAAGUUUUUAUCGUGUUAGGGUAGGAAAUGAAUUAUGAGGUAAAAUAGAUGAGUGGAUGUGAGUCUCUCAUAAAGUGUCCUUUUUGCUAUCUUGAUGUGAUGUACUUUUUAUAAGGGCAUGAAAUCUUAAAUAAAAUUUUUGUAAUGAAUUUCCAAACGUAAA